AUGCGUGAAAAGCGGAGGAGAAGCGGUAGUAGUAGAGGUGAAGAAAGCAAGCGAAUAAUAAAGAUCGACAACAAUAGCGAUAAUAAUCAAAUACGUCAAAAUGAUGAUUUAGCUACGGAAGAAUUGGAACCUAAUUGGAUAAAUAGCUUGCAAAAAUUACCAGAGGAUUUUAGAGCUGUGUCAGAUGCAGCAUCUGAAUUGGCAGAAGGGUUCAGAAGAUUGCAAACUGCGAUAAUCGAUAUUCAACAAGUACAAUCAAACUCAGAAGUGGUGUCGCAAUUUUUGAAUUUGAUGCCACAGUCUUUAGACUUCUUACAGGAAAAUAAUCAAGAAAUAAAUUCAGAAAACGAACGUCGUCACAAACAUCAGCAAUCUGAAACAAAACCAAUCAUCAUUAAAAAACCUUCAAAUUCCAAGUCCAAAUCCACAGAAAUAAAAGAAAUAGAGAAAGAUAUACUACCGUACGAGGAACGAACUGCAAUCAACGACAAGUUAAUCGCCUAUUAUAAUCGUCGUGAAAGAAUCACCGAUAUGAAUCGCACUGAAUUGAUUCAGGAACUUACCGAUUGUGCAGUUAAUAAAGAUGUGGGCGUAAAUUUGGCGGCUAACUUACAGAAAUACCUUAUCAGAAAGUAUAUUCCGAAACACCCCUUUCUUAUUCGCGCUAUUCAAAAGUGGGUGAAAAAGGAAAUAAAGAUUCGCGGUGAAAUUCCUAUGGAUUAG